UCGCGGUUUACAAAUCACAAAACGUGGUCAGACAAGUUUAGACGAUCGUCGUCGAAGAAAAACUGAUGAAGCUGACCAUACUCAACUCAUAUAUCUAAAUAUGUAUCAAAAUCGUUGUAAAGAAGUGAUAAGAAAUAAUGAUUCAUACGUGUAACCUUUAACGAUAAAAACUUUAGCAAUGAAUAAACGCCUGUGAUAUACAUUAAGGUUGCAUUAAGAAAAAUUGAAUUGUGAAAUGUGUAAAAUCAGUGUGACCAAAGAAGUAAUAUAGUAUAAAAUUAAUAUGGUGUAGAAGUGAAAGUGAAGGAAUGAACAAGAUCGAAUCGUUUGGCAUUGAAUCAAUAUCAAUUAUCAGCAAUGAAUAAAAGAUAAAUUUCAAUAAAUAAAAUAAAUAGACCGGAUAUUUUCACGCGUAUCAUUUUUGCUUUUAUAUUUCACAACAUAAUAUGAAUUAUAAUAAUUAUUUAUUGAUAAAUUACGCUGUAUUAUAUAAAAUUUUUAUUGGACUGCAUAUAUUUUUAAAGAAAUUAAAUAUUAAUCUGAAGUAUAUUUAAAUAAUAAUAGAAACUGCUUAUAAGAGAAAGAAAUAAUUCCUUGAAUUAUAUUGAAUAAUUUAUAUAAUGUGCAUAAAAAAUAUUUUAUCUAGUGCUGAAACAAUAAUUUUUGCUGCAUAAUUUAAGAACAACAUGAAACAACUGACAAAAUAUUAGUUAUAAUUAAUAUUUUUAUUAAUAAGAAGAUGAAAAAUUAAGAAGUAAUCGGUAUUAAAAGAUAUCAUUACACGAUGCGGAAAUAACUCCAAUGAGAACAUAGCAUAGAAUCGGAACUCGAUCAAAGUCGAGUGUCAGAAAUCGAUCGUUGAAUUUUUGAUGUCUUUCUCUUUUUCACAUAGAAAAACCAAAGAUUUAUAAUAAAUAAUUAAUCAAUAGAAAAAAAAUCACCAAGAAAGAUUAUUGAUCAAUUUUUUAUAAUAAUACUCCAGCAUACAAAUGCAUGUUUACAUGCGAGCGAACCAAAACAUUAAUGACCUUGAAAGAGAAAUAAUCACGUGACUGUCAGAAAGCAUAAGGAUUGGAUAGUCAAGACGCAUAUAAUGUGUAUUGCGCUGUGCGCGCCCUAUGUCCCGCAUUCCGUGUCCGAUAGAUGGUAGAGGUUUAGCGGGGGAAAAGGGGCAAAAGACAGACUACGCGACGGCUACGACGACGACGGCUACGACGACGAGGACGACAAGAAAGACGAGAGAGUGUGUCGCCGUUCGCCCGUACGUCCGUUGUGUGUGUGCGCGCGCGUUGCUCGGUUGUGUUGUCCAAGAUGAAGUCCGACUCUAAACCUUUGUUGACAGCUCAGGCGGAAAAGGCGAAUCAUUACACAUACUUGAAGGAAUUUCGCGUCGAACAAUGUCCCCUCUUUAUACAGCGCAAAUGCACACAGCACCGACCCUUCACGUGCUUCAACUGGCACUUUAUGAACCAGCGGAGGCGUAGACCGGUGAGAAAGAGGGACCGCACCUUCAACUAUAGCGCCGAUAAUUAUUGCACCAAGUACGACGAGACCACCGGCAUAUGUCCAGAUGGAGAUGAGUGUCCAUUCCUUCAUCGCACUGCUGGUGAUACAGAAAGGCGUUACCAUCUACGUUAUUAUAAAACUUGCAUGUGUGUUCAUGAUACAGACACACGUGGAUUCUGUGUCAAGAAUGGUCCUCAUUGUGCCUUUGCACAUGGCAAUCAUGAUCUUCGUCCACCUGUCUAUGAUAUUAAAGAAAUACAGGCAUUGGAAAAUCCUGAUUCUGAUCCUAAUUCAUCAUCUAAUGGACCAAACAUACUUGAUAAAGAGCGGAAUUUGAUGAAUGAAGAUCCCAAAUGGCAAGAUACAAAUUAUGUACUAAGCAAUUAUAAAACAGAACCUUGCAAACGUCCACCUAGACUUUGCAGACAGGGUUAUGCUUGUCCACAAUAUCAUAAUAGUAAGGAUAAAAGGCGUAGUCCACGCAAAUAUAAAUACAGAUCAACACCAUGUCCUAAUGUGAAACAUGGAGAAGAAUGGGGUGAACCAGGAAAUUGUGAACAAGGAGAUGCUUGUACCUAUUGUCAUACACGAACAGAGCAACAAUUCCAUCCUGAAAUAUACAAAUCUACAAAAUGUAAUGACGUCCAGCAAGCUGGAUAUUGUCCACGCGGAGUCUUCUGUGCUUUUGCACAUGUUGACCGUGAGUGUACCCUCAUAAAUCUGUUGCCAACAGAAGAAAUGAGCCUGGCGAGGGACAUGGCAGUACCUAUAGAUUGUGGCACCAAUUUGGCAGAUAUUCUAAGUAAUGCGCUUCCACCUGAUAAGCGUACUCAUGAAAAAGAUAAACCACUUAGCGAUAGUAGUAAUGGAAGUGGUGAAGUAUCAGAAUCAGCAAGUACUAGCAGUGUUGGUAGCAAUAGUUCACAUAGUAAGGCUCCUGGUGCUCAACUUCAUAAUUCAAAUUCUAAUAAUACUGUAAACACUUCCAAUCAACAAAAAUUAACAAGUAUACUUUAUAAUCCCAGUUCUCUAUUGCAAGUUGGUGAAAUACGAAAACAAAUGGUUGCUAUAGAUAGUGAUCCUUUAUUAACAAAAGCAGAGAAAGCUCAACAGAAACAAAGCCUAUAUAUUGCUUAUAGUUUGAAUGGAACUUUAGGUAGUCAUUCAUUAGCAACUACUGUCUCACCACUUUCAAGUUCAUUUUAUCCAAAUGAUACUGUGGAAUCUGUAGUAGGAAGUGCAUUAGAUGAGUUACACUUAGAUGAUCCCCUAAAUUUAGUAGAAUCAAUUCAUAGGGAUACUAAUUCACCAAUUAGCAAUUCAAUAUCGGCAGGCCUAGCAAGUUCCGGACUAUUAGGAAGCUCUGCACCAGUUAAUAUUCCUGGAAUGAAUGAACGUUCCGUUCUUACAAAUUUUUCGCCAUCUACAUCCAGUCCACUUCAACAUCUACAUUCAACUGGUUUUCUUACUGGAUCCAGAUUUUCUCAUCAGGAUUCAAUGGAAUCGACAAUACCAUUUAUGAAUCAAGUAUCAGAUCCAUUUAGCAAUCAUAUUUCACAACUUAGCAGUUCAGCUUCUAAACUUAGCGGAUUUAAUAGUAGCUUAUUUGAUUUUACAAAUCAAGGAAUGUCUCCAUCUCGUACUCAACCUCUCCCAGCAUCUCCAUUGGUUAAUGCAUUUUCCAUUAGUCCAAGUAAUACAGGAUCUUUAUCUGAGGUACAAAGGCUUAGAGAAGAAUUGACAUCAAGUCGUGCCCAAUUAGCAACAUGGGAUGAACGUAUUAAUCAAGCAAGAGCUGCUUGUGCUGCUUGGCAAUUGGAAAGUGAGGAAGCUAAAAGAAAAGCAAGUAUCGCUGAACAGCAAAGAGAUGAGGCCUUGUUGCAAGUAAAAGCAUUAAGGGUAGAAAAUGAAGCAUCUAGUGGUGGACCAUACCUUCAUACAUUGAGAAGAACAAGUGAGCUCAGAUCAUUAUCGAUAGCCGCAUUAAAAUCAAUUCAAUCACAGCUCCGUUCGGAUCUUGAAGAAGUAGAAAAGGUAGCUCAGUCGUUGCCGUUCCAGGUGCUGUACAGAGAAACGGCAACAAAGUGCAUGGUUUGUGAAGAACAAAAUCGCACUGUUACCCUCUCACCGUGUAAUCACUACGUGGUCUGCUCGACGUGCGCUCCAAAUCAACGAGAGUGCCCGUACUGCCAGACUCCGGUUGUUUCUACAAGUUAGGUCCGAAUAUUUUGUUAGAAUGCCCGUUGUUAUAAUCUCUACUCUUUCUCAGUAACCAGGACAAAUAUUCUCAGAAUUGUAAUGUGAGUAGUACUAGAAUUUCCACAAGAAUUUUUGGUACUUUAAAUGCGAUAAUAUAUAAAAUAAAUAAUUACAAGAAUUGUAAUAAAUAAUUACAAGAUUUGUACGAUCGCAAUAGAAAAAAGAAACAAGAGAAAAUACAAAUUUAUUCAAAUAUAUAAUUUGAUUAUCGCCAAAGUAAAUAUGGAUGUGAUAAGACUUCGUGUGCAUAGUCUUUAUUGUCAUACAUUUUUGUGUCAACAGUCAUGCUACUAUAUAACUGUUUAUAAAGAUUCAAAUAUCACAUCCUUUAUAUUAAGAACAUGUAUUAAUGAUCUUGAAAUGAGAAUUAUUUAUUAAUACAAAAUACAUCUAUUAGCAGGGUGCUAGCUAAUAAAUAGUUAGCAUUUAAUAACAUAUAUACAGUUAUACAAAUAUAAAAUUGAAGAAGAAAAAAACAAUAUAAUCAUAAAUGAUGGACAAAGUUUUGGGACCUCUAAAGUAUAUAUUUGUUUAAAAAUUAUAAUACCAUAAUUAAACGCAACAAAAGAUUAAUGUUCCACGACAUAAUAAUUGUGGGAUAAUUUUCCUCAAUUGUUGAGCUGUUAAACGUAUGUCACGAAUGAUGAUAUAUUUCUAUUGUAUUUAAAAAUAUAUAUUUAAAUAGGACUUUUUAAUUGAUUCGUACUGAUGGUAACAAUAAAAGUAUUAACAAAUUUUAUAUCUUUGGUUGAAAAAUAGUAUUGAUAAUACAUAUAUUAUAUAAGGAAUAUAUAUGAUUUCUAAAUUUUUAUACAAAAUAAAAAAAUUGCUCAUAUUUAUACGAGAUAUCAAUUUAAAUUUUUAAAAGAAAUGUAAGAUAAAAUAAUACAUUUAAUAAUUUUUAAUUAUUAAAAAAAAUAUAUGUAUUAUUUCAAUCUUACAAUGUUCUUAUCGUUAUUCUCUUUUGUUUUUCUUAUAUACAUAUAUACAUAUAUAUAUAUAUAUAUAAUAUAUAUAUAUAAUAUAUAUAAUAUAUACAUAUAUAUAUAUAUGCAUGUAUAUAUGUAUGUAUGCAUGUAUGCAUGCAUGUAUGUAUGUAUGUAUGUAUGUAUGUAUGUAUGUAUGAUGUACGUAUGUAUGUAUGUAUGUAUGAUGUACGUAUGUAUGUAUGAUGUACGUAUGUAUAUAUGUAUGUAUAUGUAUGUGUGUGUGUAUAUAUAUAUAUAUAUAUUUUUUUUUUUUUUGCUUUGCACUUUUUAUAAUUCCUAUAAAACAUACUCAAAUUAUAAUUCAUAAAAUGUUUUUAUACUUUGGAUACAUCGAAAAACAUGAUAUAAUCGAUAGUUAAAAUUUUUAUAUAAAUGCUUUUUUUUUUUUUCUUUUUUUCAUUUAUUCUUGAUAGAUAAUAUAAUAAUUAGUAUAUGAUCUUGUAUAUGUUUCACAAUACUUCUUUCUGUAUAUGGUAAUACGUUAUAUUUUAAACUUUAAGUAUGCUUAAUAUAUAAAUAAAUAUGUAUGUGUAUAUGGAUACAGUAUAUACUUACUAUUGAAAUUAAAUAGUGUGUGAUAGCAAAAUGUAAUUUUACAAGAGUACGUUACUAAAUUAAUUAAACUCAAUUUUUGUGUUGUAAGUUUUUACAUUUUUAGGUGUAAGAAUAUUAUGAAUAUUUAGGAUUUUUCAAUUUAAUCAAAAGAGGAGAGAGUAACUUAUAUUUACGAUACCAGCGAUAAAUGUGGCAUACGUGUUACAGCUCGAUAUGAUGACAUGCAACUAAAUAAGCAUGUUAGCAAUUAGCUUUUUUCAAUGAAACGCAUAGAUGCAGCGUUUUGUAUACCGGCUCUAUAAAAUAUUUUCAUUUUAAAUAUGUAGCUGGUAAUUAUUACUCUAAAAUGACUAUAUUGUUCAUGAUAUAAAAAAAGAAAAAAGGUAAAAUAUUGCCUAAAAUAUAAUAAAUGACUAGAAUAGAUAGGACAACAUUAUCAAAUUUUUUCCUCAUAGACAUAAAAUGUUACAAUAAUCAAUUUUAAAGACUCUAUUAUUUAAUAUUUACAAUAUAAUUAAAAUUAUUUUAAAUGUAUAAUACCCUGCACAAAUUAAUACUUUCUCAAAGAAUAUGUAUAUUUUUUAUGGACCAGUAAAGUUCUUUCGUAUAAGUCAUGAAUAAAUAACAUAUAUAUUUCCAAAUAAAAAUGCAAUGUAAAGAAAAAAAAUACAUACACAUCUUUAAUUAAAGUUUAAAAGUAAAAAGAAAGCGUAUUAUAAUAAACUUUACUUAAUUAUUUAAUUAUUUAAUAAUUCAAUAAAGCUGAUUGUUGUUUCUUUUUUCUUAGAUUACCUUCAUAGUUUAGUAUCAAAAAGUGAGGCCAAAAAAAGAAAUAAAGUUUUUAUUAGGUCCGUUUUUAUUACAGAUUAUUAAUAUUAAAGUAUAAUAGAUGUUAUUAAAAAAAAGAAAGAAAAAUACAAUUUUGUGUAUCAUGGUAUAAAUGAUCUAUUAAAAACUUAAUAAAAUAUAAAUUUAAUAAAAUCAAUGUGUGAAAAGUGAAAAUAAUAUUGUUUCAAAUAUCAAUUAUAUAUUAUAUUCCAUCAAAUGCAAUGAAUAAAUAUUUCAAUUUCUUCUAAGAUCGUAUAUACCAUGAUAUAAAAGUACUAUUUAGAAUUUAAUCAAUUUAGCACUUAAUAAUGCAUUUUUCAAUUGUUUUUUGCAUUCUUUAUAAGUACGAUUACAGCAAAUAACAAAAAAAAAAGUAUUUAUAUCCGCAAUUUUUGAAUAUAUUUUAAAUAUAAUUACAAAUAUAUAUUUUAAAAUAUUAUUCUUAAAUGCGAUUUUUUUUAACUCAAUAUUAUAAACAUUAUUAUUGUUAUUUUUGCUUAUAAAAAAUAUAUAUGAAAUUUUUCUCAUUACCAUCAUAUAGAAAUAGUAGGAGAUUAAUUAACUAAAAUGCUUCUUUAUUAUUAAAAAAUGUACUUAUAAAGAAUGCUAAUUUCUUCGACUUUUUGUAAUCAUAAUGUUUUCUCUAUUCGAUUAUAAUUAAAUAUGAUAAUAAAUAUGAUAAUAGUCAUUAAAGAUUCAUUUAAAAUCAAAUAAAAAUUUAUUUAUGAAAGAAAUAGCAAUAAUUUAACUGAAAUCAUAUAUAGAGUAAUAAGUUUUUUUUAUUUUAUUCUUCUUUCUUCUUUUCUUUUUUUCUUUUUCUUUUUCUUUAUAUAAUGAGAUACAUUAUGAUUACACUAAGUCUUAUAAAAUUUUAGGAAAAAUAUUCCUAAAUGAUAUAAUAUUGAAUAUUAUAAAUAAUUACAACAUAUACUAUUUUACUUAUAACAAUAACACAAAAUAUUAAUUACUAAGAACAUAAAUUAUUGUGAAAGCAACAAAUUUAGCUACAAAAUAGGAUAAUAGGAGAAUAACAAAAUAAAUUAGCUAAUACUGUGUACUAAAAAAAAACAUACAGUUGAAUAUUUAUAUAGGACUGCCUCAAUUGUUGGUUUUAAUGAUUUUUUUUCAAUGUAAUUAAUAUUUUUAGUAUAUAAUGAAUCUUUAUAUAAAUUUAAAUAUUAGAAUUUGUUUUUAUAUAUUCGUAAAUUUGUUUUAUUUAUAAUAAGCUUAUCUUUAUUUUAAUUUAAAUUAUAUGUUUAUAUAUUAAAUUUUCUGAAUAUCAAAUAUAUUUAAAUAAAUUUUUAAAAAACUAAUAUUAAUUAUUAAAAUAAUAUUAAUAUAAUCAAUUAGAUUUCAUGUAAUUGCACAAAAAACCAACAAUAAGGCAGGUAAAAUUGAACAAUAUAUUUUUGACAAGUUAUAAUAAUACAAAUACAAAGCGUUACAUGCUCUGUUUUGUGCGAAUGAUUCUCCUCUUAUGUUAAACAUUAUUAGAGCCUGAAGAGACAUAUUGCGAUCGUUCAUUUAUGCACUAGUUGAACGUUACAGAGAUUGCCUGUUGUUUAGUUUUCUUUUUAAAGGAAAUAUUCAUGAUCAAAGAAAGGGCAGAUGAUAGUUUCCUAAUAUUGAGGAAGAAUUAUCUGCACAUUCCAGAUGGCAAAACAUAUACAUAAUCAUUAGAUUACUGUACAAUAAUAAAAUUACGUAAAAUAGUAAUAUGUAAUACAAAAAAAAAAAAAGAAAAAAAAGAAAAAAAACAAAUUUGCUGAAUAUUUAUAUUACAAUUUAUAACUAAAGAUACUUGCUAUAAACCUGUAUCACCUUUAAUCACUUGUAGUUUUGAUAUAUGACUAAUGCAUUUGUUAUUUAGAUAGUAGUAAUAUGAAUUCCGAUAAACCAAGAGUACACUGAAUAAACUAAAAUUGAUUUUUAUUAAUUGUAGAAUGUGUUCUUGUUUGCAAUGACUGCUCAAUAUUCUGAAACAAAAUAGUAGAUGUCUUUUUGCCUUUUUAAUUAUUAUUUUCUACUAUUUAUCGAUUUACUUCUUAUUCUUCUUCUAUCAACUACUUUUUAAAUUUUUCAUAUUGUUUCUUUUUCUUUAUUCUGCAAACGUGGACACAUUGUUGAUAAUCCAAUUUUAUAGUGUCUCGUGUUAUUGCGAUUAUUAUGUAAACGUAUACUCUUUAAAAUAUUUAUAUUAUUAUCAGUUUAACAAUAUUGCAAAACUGCUUAGAUUAUAAAUUCGUGUGUAUUUUAAUUAUGCAGAUUUUAAAUUGGCAAUUUUUUCUUAAUUAAAUAAUAGAAUUCUUUUUCAUUUUCGUGAUAAUAAUACACACAUUCUCGAUCAGACUGAAAUUAAUAUAAAAUGUGUAAUGCAUAAAUAAAUAAAUAAAAAAGUCAAGUUCUAUGGUACUGAUAUCUAAGCAUUUUUGUAUUAAAUACGAGGUAGCAAAUGGCUGUACAACUGUGAUGUAAUAACAAUUUGAUUGUAAUAACAAUUUUUCUUAGAUCUUGUCAUUCGGUAUGUCGAUAUUUAUGAAGAUAUAAAUAUUUUGCAUACAAAAGCAAAAAAAAAGAGAAGGCUGUAAAGUUUUAAUUAUGCGAUCAUUGAUAAGUCUUUGAUAUGCAUUUCAUCAUUUAUAAAGGAUAUUGAUGACUAAGAAGAACACGUUCGAACAUAAAAUAUAGCAAGCCCAUAAAACUUUUGAAAUCAUUCUAAUUAAAGUAAUGUUGUAAUUUUUAAUUUUGUAAGUAUCAUAAAAAAUCUUUCAAUAACAAAGUCAUUUUAUUCGCAUUAUUUUGACAUGUCUUUUUUAUCUAUUUACAUUUUUAAAUUAUGCAUUUGAAUAUUCUUUGUUAUUAAUUACUGUGAUGUUUUGAUUCUUGCUAUAAAUUAUAUAAUUAAUGCAAAUGAAAAAAAAUAUUACUCUAAUUAGAUAUUUUUUAAUAUCUAGAUUAAAUAGAUAAAUUAUUUUUUUACUCAUUCUAUUGAACAAUAUGUAUCAGUCAUUUGCACCCUCAUAUUUUAAUGUAUAAUGCCUUGUGUCAAAAUAAUGUUAACAAAAUUGUGUUACAUGUUCUUACUAUUUUUAAAAAAAAAAAGUUUUGGUAUCUAUUAUUCAAUAAUCAAUGAUUUGUUUCAUUUAUUCAAUUAUUAACUAAUUCAAUUAUUAACAGGAAAAAAAACUAGACAUGAAUAAAUAAAUAAAAAUAGAAAAAUAAUUAAUAAAGUGCACAUGAUACAAUCUAUAAUCAGUGCCAUUUUCAACAUGUUUAUGAAAGUAAUAAAAGUUAUGUUCAGCGAAAGAUGAAUGUGAUCUGUUAACAUUUCUAAUUUCUGUGGAUUAAUUCUGCAUUUCUGAUGUGACGGAGGUUGAAACAUGUAAUUUAUGUUUUUAUGUUAAUCUUGUUAGAGUUUCAACAUCCAAACCUCAUUGUUAACAUAACAAAGGGAAAACUGAUAUUCAUAGUAAUUAAUAAUUAUAUCUUAAAAUUAAUUUAUAUUUAUAAAAGUGUAUUUAAUCUGUUAAUUUAAUAUGUAAUAAUAAUGUUAAUGGCAAAUUAAAAUAAUUAAAUUACAAUGUCAUUCUAAACUUUAAAAAAUUAAGAAAAAAUGAAAUAUAACAGAUUUAUCUUUUAGAUUUGAAAUAUUAAAUUGAUGAAAUUUUUUCUAAUUUGCAAUUAUCAUUAUUCAAUAAAAUGUACUUUAAUACUUUUUAUGUUGAAAUUACUAUGAUAAUUAGGUUUUUACCAAAUUAUGUAAAACUUAAUUCAAAAGUUUCAUAGUUAAUUCCAAUUCCGGCUCUUAGGUAUGCAGGAUUAUGUAAAAAUAUAUCCGUUAAAAAUAUUUUGAUAUUUUUGCAAUAUUAACACCGUCUUCCGGUACAGUAAUAUUUGCAUAUAGCCUGAAGCGCAGUAACAAUUUGAAACAUUAUGAAAAGAAAAAAUAUUUAUUAUUAAGCUUAUAAUGUAUAGACGUUGUUCUCUUAUAGUGCAAAGAAACAAAUUUAAAAACAUUUGACAUAGAUAAAAAAAAUAUAUUCGUGCUAUGAAGCAUGUAUAUUGCGAUAAUAAAUAUUUUACUGAAACUGUUGUACGAACGAAAAAAUAUUUUCUAAAACAAGAAUAUCUAAUUCUUUUUUGAAAUAUAAAACUGGAAAACAACAAAAAAUAAUAUAGCUUUUAAAUAUAUAUAUAUAUAUAUAUGUAUAUAUAUAUAUGCAGAGAAGGGAAGAGAGAGAAAAGAAAAAAAAUGUCGCUCGUACAACACAUUUUUUAAAGGGUGACCAUAUUAAAGUGCUUAAAAUUGAAACACAAUGUAAGAAGUUUAUUGUAAUUAUUAAAUUUUUAUUCCAUAAUUAUAAGAAUAAGAUGAAUACAAAUGAUUAUAUUUAUAAUAUAUAAAAAUAUUAAAAGUUAAAAAAUAGAAUUUGUAACAGAAUUCUUAACUGUGUUUUAAUUAUAUUGUUGUUUGAUAAUCAUGGAAAUUUAUUUCUAUAUAAAGAUACAAUAUAUUAUAUUGUAAACUUAUUUAAAUGUUAAUCAUUAAAGAAUGUUAGAUUAAGAUCUAUGUAAUUUAAGAUUUUCUGUACAAUUUUCUACAAGUUGAUUUUUUUUAUAUUUUUUAAAAAUUAUUUUGAAUCAUAUAGAUGUAAAAUUGUGAAACAAUGCCUUUAGAAAAUAAUCAUUGAUAAUAAUGGUCACCCUAAUAAAAUAAAAAAAUAAUAGAUAUAAUUGAAACAAUAUUUGCAAGAUAAUAACAAUAGAGUACAUAAAAUAUUUAAAAUUGUUCUGGUUGUGGUUCUGUGUGUGCAUUUUUAUACAGUGAUCGUAAUUGUGUAUAGAUUAAACUCAUAUCAUUGCUAAUUUUUUUAUAAAUUUGAAAUUUAUACAUAUUAAAGUUAACUUAAUCAAGAUGUUAAUUAACUUAUACAAGAAUUUGCAAUGUUUUGCAGAGGCGGGCAGAAAACUAGGAAAAAUAAGAAAUAAUUCAAAUGAUGUUUUUAAAUAGAUAAAUAUUUAGCUCAAUAUUUAAGAUGUGUAAAUGUCUAAUGAAUGAAAAAAAUUCAUAUUAUUUAAAAUUUUUUAAACUUAUUCAUAAUUAUAAUAGACUCAUAUUAACAUUAACAUUUUCAUCCCUUUUUUAAAUUACAAUUAAUACAUUUAAUACAUUUUUAAAAAAACAUUUUAUUUUACUUGAAAAUAUUAUUUUUGUAAAUAUAAAAUAAAAAUAUCUAAAAUUUUAUUAGAUAACUUACAUAAAUAUGUAUAUAAAAUUUCUAUAUAUAACACUAUAAUAUUCAUUUAACUUUGAAUAUUUAUUUUAAUAGAAUAUAAUAUAAAGAAAAAUAUUUAAUAAUAAUAAAUUUUUAAUAUAAUAAAUAAUAAAAAUAAAAAAUCAAUUAGUGCCCGUUUCUGUAGAAUACCUUACAAAUAAAAUAAAAAUAUUGCAAUAUCUCAAUUGCAUCAAAUCAACAUUAGUCAAAGGUGCUGCCAGUAAAUAAAAAACAAACACAUACAUAUUUGAUUAAUUGAACUAUGAGAACAACCAGAAAACUAUAAUUUUAAGAUAAUGAUUAUAUAAUAUUAUUAUCGUAUACAUAUAAAGGAUUUCAUACAAGAAAAUGUUAAGAUAGCAUUUCGUAUAUUAUUACUCAAUUUUUAUAAAUGAACUUUUUCAUUCGCGUGCAUAUGCGAUUUGAGAAAUGAAACAUUAAUUAUAGAAAUUCGUGAUUUAAUAUAUAAAUUUAAUAUAAAGAUCUAAAAUUUGGUUUUUAUUAUAAUAUUAAUUUUCAAUUAUUUUAUAUUUAAACUGAUUUAACAUUGUUAUUAAAAUUAACUGUAAAUAUUUGUCAUUAAUGUGAAAUUUAAAUGAAAAAACAAAUAUUCAACACUUAAUCGUGAUUGAUUUAAAUGAUAAAAAUAUUAUAUCAUAUUAUAGUUAAUAUUUAAUAUUUAAUUAUCAAUUACAAAAAAAAGUAUUUGGUGUUAUAGAUCUUAUAUGUCAUUUAGAAUAUCAAGCAGUACCUUGUAGUUGAAAAACAAAGUAUUUAUUAUGCAUUAAAAUUGAUUUUUUUAUUAUACAUUAAAAUUGCAUUUUUAUGCAACAAUUAAUAUAAAAUAUAAAAUUAAUAGAUUGUUUAUUUUCUUCUUUACUUUUUUGCAAUUGCAAAACAAAUAAAAUAAGUUUUGUAUGUAAUUUUGAUGUGUGUUCUCUGUUAUUAAUAUUUUUGUAAAAAAAUGCUACUUAAAAUAUUUUCAAGUAAUUUUCUUUACGUUUAUUACAUAAAAUCCAAGCUUAAAAUUAUUUAGACAUCAUGUAACCUUUUGUAUAUGAUAUAUAAUCAAUUUUUUAAAUUUGAGUUAAAUUUGAGUUUAAGUAAAUUAUAUAGUAAAAUAUUUUAUUUAUUUAAAAGAGAACAAAAAUAUUGAAUAAAUCAAGCUUUGUUAUUUUAUUUAUAAUAUUAUGUAUAAUAGACAUAGUUUUUUACAUUCCAUUUGAAUUUUUAUAAAGUACAAAAGUAAUAUGGGCUUGCAUUUUUGAUGUUCAUGUCCUGCUAAACUGAUAUAAUUAUUCAGAAAUCAAUAAUAGUAUCUAUAACUAGUAUCUGCAUGAUGCUCGAAAAAUUUCAUAUCUGAUCGCAUACCGAAAGAAAGAUUAAAAUGUAAUAAAAUGCAGUAAGAGGUUUUCGUUGUCAUUAACGAGUGUAGACAAAUUCUAAUGAAUGUCAGUACAAAUUGAAUAAUAAAGAAAAAAAAGCAUCAUUUAUGUGCAAGUGACAAAAAAAAGUUAAUAUUGAUGACACGUAUUUUUGGCAAUACAAUUUUAAAUAACAUAUUUAAAUUAAUAUAGCUGUAAUUAGAAUGUUAGUAAAUAAAUUUUGUUUUAAUAUUUU